AUGGGUUGUAAAUUAACUAAGUUAUUGGCUUCGGAGAUGAACCAUGAUGAAAUAAAUAGGCCACCACCACCCCACGAUCCUCGAUCACCGCUGACCACGAAGCAGCAGUACUGCAUACUGGCUUCGUGGAAGGGAAUCUUCAGGCAGAUUGAAAAGACUGGCAUCGUCCUAUUUAUCAAAUUAUUUGAAGAAAACGAAGAACUCCUCCAUCUGUUCGAGAAAUUUGCUAAACUGAAAGAGAACGGAGAACUAGCCAGUUCUGAGGAGCUAGCUGAACAUGCUACGAAGGUCAUGAAGACUCUGGAUGAGGGCAUCAAAGGGCUUGGUGACAUUGAUGCGUUCUUCGCGUACGUCAGACAUGUUGGAGCCACACAUCACCAGGUUCCUGGAUUCAAAGUUGAGAAUUUCUGGAAAGUGGAGGAGCCUUUCCUGCAAGCAGCGAAGACGACUCUCGGCGAUAGAUACACUCCGAACAUAGAGAAUCUCUAUAAAUUAACCAUAAAGUUUAUAUUAGAGAACUUGGUCAAAGGUUACGAAGAAGGCCCGGUCAAGAGCGAAACCCCACAAACAUGA